GAAGCAUAACAAGCCAGCCAGCCUCACGCAAACAGUCAGGUGCGGUGACAAAGCGCCCACCUCAGCCACCCCGAGCAGGGCCUGUGCCCGCCCAGCGGGUGGUGCUGCGGAGGCCAGCUGGAGCCCCUCACGCCACUGGCCCUAGGCUGCCCCCUCUGCACUCUGCACCCCCAGAGCCUACCCCAGGCGGCGGCGGAAGUGAGUGUAGGGGGCAGUAUAGGAAUUUCCUGUGACGUCCCGGCCCGGACUCCAUUAGGCUGCAGCUAGGCAGAGAAGCCACAAACCCAGCGGGCUAGUGGAGAGGAGUGGGCCGGGCGCCUGGGGCUGCCAGGCGGUGGGCUUCGGGCAGCGUUAGCUGGAGGGACCCUAGAGCGGGCGGCGGCGGCCGCUGCUGAGGGGCCUCGAGGAAGAGGGACCAGGGCUCCCCCCCACCCCGCUCCUCACCCCCACCACCUCCCCCACCCCACUCCCACCCCCGCCUCCCCUUCCUCACUCCCCCCCCCCCGGCUUCCCACCACGGCCGCUCUCGGCGAGGAAACUCUGGCCUCCGCUUCCUCCUCCUCCGACUCGGACACCGGCGGAGCCUCCCCGCCACCGCGGAAGAAAGCGCGGGCCUCCCCGGCGGCGGCGGCGGCGGAGGGAGCAGGAGAGCCCGGGGCUUCCGCGGGCAGAGCAGGCCUCACCUCGUCCCCGUCCCCCUCGCUCUCCGCCGGGCUCGCCCCCCCUGCUGCCAACCCCCUCAGAGCCAGCGGCGGCAGCAGCAGCAGCAGCAGCAGCGCCAUGCAGGCCAACGGGGCAGGAGGGGGUCAGCAGCAACAGCAGCAGCAACAACAACAGCCGCCGCCGCCGCCGCCGUCAUCGUCGCAGGGUCCGGAGCUGGGCUGCCUCAGCGCCCAAAACGGCGAGGCCUCUUCGGGCUCGAGCGCCGGGGAGCAGCUCGCUCACGCCAACGGGCUUCUGCCGUCGGCCAACAACAACAACGGCGGCGGCGGCGGCGGGCCGAGUGUCAACAACGGGGUUUCGGCCCCCGGGGGGUCCGCCGUCGAGAUGGGGGGAGGCAGCGGCGUCGGGGUCGGCGGCAGCGCCCUGAAGAAGAAGAAGCGGCUUUCGCAGUCCGACGAGGACGUGAUCCGGCUCAUCGGGCAGCACCUCCACGGGCUGGGCCUCAAGUAAGUGGGGCAAGCUGAGGACGACAGUCUCCAUUAAUGCCCUUCCCAACUCAGCGCUGUGUGGGGCGCGGAAUCUUCCGUGGGGUGCGGAAGUGGGCCCAAAGACGAGAUUUCACUCACACACACACACACCGUUUUGGCUGACCCCAUCUCCAGAAACCUCUGUUUUGGCUUUGGCUUUCUCGUUGUUGUUUGUGCUUUCCCCCCUUUUGAGUCACUGCGAGGCUCGCGUUUAAGAGAGACCCAGCUCUUGGGGUGGGGUCGGGGGUAUUGCUCUUGUAAAAUGCCUUUUUAUUUUUUAUUUCCAUCCAAAUCUUUGAGAGGGGGGAGGAGGAUACAAAAUAGACGAGGGUUUGUGCUGAUGAGAAUAAUAGCCAUGGCCGACUUGUUUAUUUUAGGACACAUUAUAUGCCCAGGGGAGAGAAUCCAACACUUUUGUGUGGCUGCCUUGGCCCAUAUUUAUCCCAAAGAGGGGCACUUUUUGUCACAGAUUAUUCUGUCGCAGUUUAAUAUCAAAGAGAGAGAUGGGGGGGAGAGGAGAUAAAUCCAGGGAAUGAAGGGAUGAAGGCAGUGAAACUAUGGGGCCUAUUUUUUCAGGCCUAGUCCUGUGUGGACUUCCUACUCGGAGAACAGGUAGACUCUUCUGUCAACUAUGACAGUACGAAGGCCCAAGAACAUAGAAUAAAGGUGAAUUGGUGCAAAGAUGGUACAGAUAAAAUAGCAUUUUCAACACAACAAUGUACGGAAAUCUCUUUGUCUAUAGUCUUAAAACAAGUAUGUUGAGUUAAAAAAGCAAACCAGUAUAUCAAAAUACUUAUAUUUGUACAGUCUCUGUCGUUGGCUAGGUGUUAAAAUGAACAGUAUGUUUAAAUGUAAUUUGGAUAUAACUAUGUCUAAUGUAGUCUUUGAAUAUACUCUGUGUAUAAGUACUUCAGAAAAUUAAUGUCAAAUUUGUUGACUCUUCUGUUGCUUGCAGCACUGCAGUACUUUGAGCUGAGUAAUAGGCAUGCAGCUGGGGUGGGGGAGGGUGAAAAGCAAAUAAAUGCAGGACAUCAGCAGUUGGAUUAACAAAACAAACCUAACAAUAGUACAAUAUAAUAGCAGCUAGAGAAUAUUGAGAUGUGGAUGUGUAGGAAUAUGUACUAUAGGAAAAUUAUGGCCCCUUGUAUGCCAAGAGCUUGUGUUAUUGUGGGAAUGGAUUGGUUUUAAUUAACUCGGUGCUCGAAACAAGCACACCACUGAAAUAGGGCAAGUUUACAGCAGCAGGUGACAACUCGUGACUGUUCAUAGACUACACCAUAGUAAAUGCGCUAUUUUUAGUUUAAAAUGUGAAGGGGAGGGUUGUAGGUUAUAGAAUAGUCUAUUUUAUUAAGAUCCCAGCCUAAUGGACAACUGACUUGAAGGCAGAUGAUAUAUUGGUAGGGAAUAACACUGUGCUCGCUGCAUCAACAAAAUUCCAGUUGCUAUAGGUAGUUCUAAUCACGUUAUAAUCUAAUGUCAAUGUUUGUGUUUUCAUAUGAAUAACAUGUUAAAACACUGUGUUUUUAUGGAGCCGUGUUUUUCUUGAUCAUCAAAAUAGUUGAGGAAAAUAACUUUGUAUUUGUGAAGUUUAUACUCCAUAUGAAACUUGUGGAUCUGAGGGCACAAGUUUGUUUGCUGGAAUUCAUUAGAACACAUUCCAGCAUCUUAUUUUUCUUAAGGUGGAACAUAUUUUUAAACAAUAUUUUGGAUUUAUGGCUACAUGGAUGGCUUCACUGUAAGAAUAAGAUUGGUCAGCUUUUUUUAAAAUACUGUACCUCUCUCCUGCAGCCAGACUGUUGAUCUUCUAAUGCAAGAGUCAGGAUGUCGUUUAGAACAUCCUUCUGCUACCAAAUUCCGCAAUCAUGUCAUGGAAGGAGAAUGGGAUAAGGUAAUGGAAGAGGCAUGCAACUGCCUAAUUAUCACUAGAACUGCAAUCCUAUACACAGUUACUUGAGAGUAAAUCCAUUGAACUUAGUGAGAUUUAACUUUGAAUAAGCUUCCAUAGGUCUGAGUUGCAGAUUUGUUGGUUGGUGCUGUUCAUAAUCCUUGGUUUAUCUCUUUUUUUUCUCUCCCUUUCUAUUUUAAAAACUGCUACUUGUAGGCUGAGAACGACCUGAAUGAACUCAAGCCUUUAGUGCACUCUCCUCAUGCAAUUGUGGUAAGAGAGAUUCUUGAAUUGUUUGAUAUAGUUUAGUUUAUUUGUAGUAAUACUAUGCCUCCCCCUCCCCCCAGAUUUGUGUUGGGGUACACAUGUGUCUUAAUAAAAUAAGUAUAUACACCAGCCUACCUGAUAUUUGUAAUGAAAAGCCUAAAAAAAUUAAAGUGUCAUGUCUCAUGUCAUGAGUGUAUUUGAACAUCCUGCAGCAGUGUGGGCAUAGAUAUAUAACUAUCUCUUGUAAGUCACUGAUAAUAAAUGUGUACAUUUUUGUGUUCAACUCUUUAAUCUGUUCUUGAGUGAAAUUGUUCUGGGUAUGCCUUUCAGGGGAUGAUAUAUGGUCUCUGUGAAGUGGCAUAUUUGAAUAAACAAUAGUGAAAUGCAAUGACUGACAGCAAACAGUACUCUUUUCAGUUGACUUUUGCAUUUAUGUAGCUGUCUAGAACUUGGGUCAUUCUCUGUAGUUUUCUGUUUAAUUAAAACAAGGCAGUCUUCUGAUCAUUUCAUUGAGAUGAUAUAGCUCAAAUUUAUACACUGGAACUAAAACAAUUAUGUGCGUACACACACAAAAUAAGGGAGACAAUGUAUUGUGUUUAAGGGAAGCAUGAAAUACUCUCUUAACCACUCCUAUCACCCAAACUCUUCUGUACUGAGGGUUGCAUGCAUCUAAGUCAUACUCUGAGUAGACCCAUUCAAAUAAAUUGAAAUUACUAAUGUAAGUACUUUGAUUUCAGGGGCUUUCCUCAGAGUAUGGUUCAGUUGGAUACAACCCUGAUUUUUUUUUUCAUACAUUCAGCUGCCCUGUCAUUAUAGUGGUGUAUUUUUCCUCUUAUUCAAGUGGAAAAUACAGCAUUACUACAAAAGUGACUAUGAAAACAGUGAGGAAUUGGUUGAUGUUGGUUUAGCUUUCUUCUGGUUGAUUUAUUUGUUGUCAAAAGGAUAUUUUCCUGUUCUCUCUUCCCUUCCCCCAUCAGACAGGAAAUGAAGUAUGGAAAAACAGAUGUUUUGUUAAACUUCAGUUGCUGCCUGAAAGUAUUUGUAUCUUGUUCUUUUUAAUCAAAUCAAAGUCUAAUCAUGCAUAAACUUUUCCUCUCAGACAAGUAGAACUGUGUUACUUUAAGAAUGGACAGCUGAUAAUAUGAUAGUCAGCACUUAGAUAAUAUAACCAAACAGAACAAACAAAUGCUAAAAAGUGCAAGAGUUGUGUAGGAAUAAAUAAUGUAACUGAGGUGAAUAUAAAUUGAGGUAAAAUCUUGUGCUUUUAUUGAGCACAUUGCAUAGAAGUGGACUGGCAUUCUUUUGAGUAUUACAUUUAUUGGAGCAAGGAGUGUUUUCACCAUUCAUAUGUCAAAAAAGCAAUUUUGGGAAAGUGUAUUGAAGUAAUUGGGAGAGACUGGUAUUUCCAUUUAUGUACAAAUGUAGAUAAGAUGAAUAAGAAAUACAUUAAUACAUUUUUAUUUUUUUAAUUAAAAGACCUGUACUGUAGUACCUUUGUCCCCUUCAGAUUUCUGAGAAUAAAAUUUAUCCUUAAAUCUUAUUCAGAACAUUUCACAAUAAACUUCUGAGAAUGAAAACCAGAGUAUUUUUCCUAGAAAAUAGGUGUUUGCCUUUAUAUUUUGAACAACUGGUUUCUCAUUAGAACACACAACAAAGACAUUUAAUUUAUUGGAAUUUCAACUGAUGCCUCUGGUGAUAUUUUAUGGGUCAUUGGGGGGGGGAAUCCAUAGGUGUUAAGAUGAGAGAGAGAGAGAGAGAAGUUAAGGGGUGGAAUACUUCUCACUUUAGGAUUUUAUGUUUAUAAUAGGAGACCCAAAAGAUAUACAUGACUAAGUAUUUAUAUUUGGAUUAUAUUUUGGUCAGUCCAAUUUAAAACUAUGUAUCUGCUAGAUGCAGGCAACAGGGGUGAAACUGCUAAAGUCGCCGUUUUAGCAAAUGCUGCAGUUAGACAACGUUAUGGUCUUUUUUGAUAAUAUCUAGUAUAUUGCUUUCAUGAUGGCACAUUUUGAUUUUACAUUGUGCCAUCACUUUUCCUUUUGUAUACAACUUCUGUGUUGCUUAUUUGUUCUGACAGCUAAGCCUUCACAAUAAAUUGAAAUAUGAAAUAACUAUGGGAAGCAUAUAACUUACAAAUGGGAGAGAUGCUCCAGGUACCUCAAAACGUUAAUAAAAGAAUCUAUGAAUUUGGAAUGUGUUGUCAAGCUCGACCUUUCUUUGAACAGUCCUACUAUAUAAUUGCUGGUGAAUCAAAAUAAGAAUUAAUAUGGGAAGAUGUAUAGUAAACUUUAUUUUAAAAGUAGUAUUUAGGAGCUGUAUUUUUUCCCUCCUAUAUUAAAUUUGAACACACCUCAUCUAGAAGACUAUAGAUUAUAUAUUUGCAAAAUAUAAAAGAAAAAUGAAUGAUGAAGUACUAACUCCUCCUGCAAGCAAAGUUAGCAUAAGAGCCUGUGUGUGUGUGUGUGUGUGUGUGCGCGCACACACACACACACACACACACAUGCAUAUGUGCUACAUGUAUACACUGACAAUACUUUCAAAAGAUGUUUAGGGCUGGGCGAUAGUAGAUCUUCAGGAAAGGAAUCCUAAAUUAGAGCAAUUACAGAGAAAUCCCCUGUAUAUACGAACAAAUCUGAUAAUAAACAAAAAGGUAGCAUUAUGAUUAAUAGCUUGUGUUGCUGUUGACCUUUCAAGCUAACAAUCUCACGUGAGAUUGGGAAAAAUUUAUAUUGCGGUUAUUUUGGGUCAAGCUGCUUAGGGCUCUGCAGCCUGAUUCUGUGGGUGGUUCCUUAGAAAUAAGUCCUGUUGAGUUCAAUAGAACUUUCUCAAAGUAAGUGCAUGUAGGACAGCAGCCCUAAAUGUUUAGUCAAUUCUGCCAGAAGUUACUAGGAUUUACUUCAUAUGUUCCACUUUUUAGGUUGAUGCCAAAAAUGUGUGAAUGUAUUAUACAAUGGAGUUCAAACAUACAGGUACAUUUGUUGGGGCUCUAAAGGCCAACAUAGAUAUUAUUAUUAAUAAUAACAUUUAUUACCCUCCCUUCACUAGUAGGCCCCUAGGCAGGUUACAGUUUAAAAUUUUAAAAGCUAUCCAGGCUGUAGACUUAAGUGACCAAGGGAGACUGAAUUGUUGUCAGUGAAGUGUGUCUCUCCUUCUUCUCCACACCGCCUCUUUUGUACUAUCUGCCAACGGUGGUCAUUACAGCUUUGUGUAGAUCCUUUUUCAUUUGGCUUGCUAACAUCCAGUAUCACGAAGAGAGCCAUCCCAGAGCAGGCAAUCAGGCCAACAUCCUAUUUCUAACAGUUGCCAGUCAGAAUUCCCUGGGCAGUCUAAUAGAGAGACAUGAAUACAACAGUCCUCCUCCUGCUAAACAUUCAAAGUAUCUGGUAUUCAGAUGUAUACUACCGUGUGUGUGUGUGUGUGUGUGUGUGUGUGUUUUCAGUCAUGGCCAACAGAGCAAUAAGAUUGCAGGUUUUGAGUGAGGUGCCCAUGAGUUGGCUCAUGUUUAUAACCCGUGACACCAUGUAUUCAAAUCAGUUUGCGCAGUUACCUUGCAAGAGGCAACUUGGAAAACUUCUAAGGGGAUAACGAAUAGUCCUUUCACUUUCUUACAUGUUCUUAUAAAAACGAAAAGAAAAUGGAACACUUGAGCAGCAUCACAGCACUAAUCAGACCCCAUAGUCAUGUCAGCAGUGAUCAUUUGGUAUCAAAGGCUACAGAAAGGACUAACAAGAUUGAUGAGGUUCCAUUUCUCUUGAUCUCUAAGCAAAGCAGUGCUUAUCAUUCACUCUAGCGUUUUUCAUACCCAGGCUGAAUGGUGGAUUGGGAGAGACUCCAGAAAAAAAUGAUAGUUCUUUCCAUUUGUCUUUUUGGAUUAGCUGAGUGACCACUUGUUCAACAAGUGACUUUGAAAAGCAAGUCUGCAGAGAGGGCAAUACAUGGAUCAAGAAUCUGGAAUUAAUCAGCUAGGAUGAUCAUGGGUCUAUAUAUAGUCACCUAUAUAUAUGCCCCAGUACAUCUUCUAGUGAUAGAAAAUAUUAUCUGAAGUUUAAUAACUUCCUCUGUUUCUCUGAAUAGUUAUUUUGAUAUUUUGUUUUAAAUCCUAUAUUGCUGUUGGAAACAAGAUUAAUCCAAUAAGUAGACCAUUGAAAUUAUUGAUUCAGACUAACGGGUCUAUUCUGAGUAUGACUUACUUGGAUGCUAUUUGAUGGAUAUGGCAUGGCAGAAAAGGGGUAAAGUAGCCAUCUGUGUUCAUCAUUUUCAAUGUUGUAUUAAGUAUUGUAUAUUAUUUAGCAUAUAUGCCCCUGAGGUUGAUCAUUGCUAUCUGUGGAUUUAACAUGGAUAACUACUACUUGCCCAAAGCCACCUCAUGAGUCUAUGCCUGAUCUGGAUAUUCAGUUAUACUACUUUGAUACAAGUCUAUUAAUUGGAUUGCAAUAACAAAAUAGAAAAUGCAUCACUCUUAUAUUAAGAUGUUACUGAUACAAUAUUGAUAAUAUAUUACUUCUAUUCCAAUCCACCAUUAAUAAUCUUUCAGAUAUAAUUUAAUAAUUAUCGUAAAUUAAAUAAUUUCUUCUGAAAGACAUUGUGCUUUAUUGUGUAUAAAACUAAUAAACUUGUAAUCAAUGCUGAACAGUCUCCAAGUGUAUUCCGGGGUAUAGUGUGUUUCAGGGAUGUAGGAGACUAGUUCCAAGCCAAAUUUAGGUGGCGACAAAAGUCCUGUGCUGCUUGCUCAUUUACACAUUAUUGUAGCGGCUGUUCUUCAUGUUCUAUAGUCUUCGAGUGUGAAGUGAAGUGAACUGCAUUAGAGGUCAUUGGGACAGCCACAGGUUUCUGACCCUUGACAUAUGCUGCUUCAGGUGCAUGGUGACAGUAUUGGGAGAGAUUCUGUAAUGGGUGUGCCUCCAAAUGCAGUGGCAUAUUAGGUUGCAUUACCCUCAUUCUUUCCAGACUCUUUACUUCCUUGAUGAAUGGCUAUAAUUAUAAUGGAUAUUGGGGAGGCAUGCACUCUCAUACCUCACCUGCCAUCAGAUUUUGAAAUGGGAAUAUUAUUAGCUGUUUCCACUUCCUCCAGGUUAUUGUUAUUUGAGGGCCUGCAAUAAGAGCACCAAUUUCUGUUUUAUUGCUGAAAUCUUCAUGAGAGUUUGAGUUUUGUAUUCCUGUUUUGAAGUUGAGCUUUGGAUGUGGGAGGUUUUUGUCUUAAUUUUGAGAAACAGGCUUUCUGUGUGCUGUGGGAUAAAGCCUACAUUUUAAAAUUCCUUAUUCUAGAAAGGGUAACAUCUUGAGGGUCAGCAUGGUACCCUUCAGAUGUUGGUGUAUUGCAGUCUCCAUCUUCCCUGACUAUUGGCCAUGCUAUUCCGACCUGAUGGCCUCUAAUAACAUCUGGAGAGCACCGCAUUGGCUACCCCUGCUGUAGAAGGUUAGUUAGCACAUGUGGACUAAAGGGGGCCUGUGUUGUCCUCGUUUGCAUUUCAUUUGUUUCAACCUUGAUUUGACAGUUGGUCAUGGAUGCUUUAGUUGAGAUUCCUGCAUUGCAGGGGGUUGGAGUAGAUGACCCUCAGGGUCCCUUCCAACUCUGUAAUUCUAUUAUUCUGUGUAACUAUUCACAGGCUGAAGUGUGGUGUAGUGGUUAAGAGCGGUAGUCUUGUAAUCUGGGGAACCGGGUUCGCGUCUCCGCUCCUCCACAUGCAGCUGCUGGGUGACCUUGGGCCAGUCACACUUCUUUGAAGUCUCUCAGCCCCACUCACCUCACAGAGUGUCUGUUGUGGGGGAGGAAGGGAAAGGAGAAUGUUAGCCGCUUUGAGACUCCUUGAAGGGAGUGAAAGGUGGGAUAUCAAAUCCAAACUCCUCUUCUUCUUCUUCUUCUUUUUAGAGACUAAAGUUGUAAUUGCCAAGAGAUAAUUUUAAAAGUAUGCGUACCAUUUGGCACAUACUUCUUUCUGAUUUAUGCUUACAAAACAAGUUUUAAAAAUUCCCUGGGAAUCUAUAGGCAUCUUUAGGCUAUUCAGUGUACACGAGGCUUUAAAAAUGGUUGAUAUGUAUCCAUAUUUUAAAAAUUAUUUUUCAAUUAUUAGGGAACCACAGGCAAUUUACAGAAUUCAGUAAUAUAUCUAACUAAAGGCAGGGCAAAUAAAACAUAACCAUAUUAAAUAAUACCCAGUCUGGAAUGGUAAUCAUAUUUCUGUAGAUGGUGUGGGGAGAGAUACCUGUAAAUCUGUAACUAAACUAUUUGAAAUAAAAUCCCAGGAAAAUACAGUGGUACCUCGGGAUGCGAACGGGAUCCGUUCCGGAGCCCCGUUCGCAUCCUGAAUGGAACGUAAGACACGACGGUGUGCAUGCAUGCGCGGAUCGCUUUUUGCCGCUUCCGCGCAUGCACGUGAUGUCAUUUUUAGCAGCUGCGCAUGCGCGAGCGGUGAAACCCGGAAGUAAUGCACUCCGUUACUUCUGGGUUGCUGCGGAGCGCAACCCGAAAGCGCUCAACCUGAGGUAUGACUGUACUGUAUCUCUGGGGCCAGCUGAAGGAUGCAUGGAAAGGCGGCUGCUGCACUACUGCACACAUCAGCUGUUAGGAGGGGAGCCUGAGGAGCCUAAACAAAGCCCUGCUGCAUUUCCAGGCUCUUCGAGGCUUCCUCUGCCCUCAUUGAUGUCCUGCACCAGGCUCCAGGGAGGGUCUCCUUGUGAGCCACGAGGACUUUCCAUCUCUCUCCCACCAUUUCCAGGUUUGAAUCAGAUUAUUUAUUUAUUUCCCAGUGCCGUGUGUCUAUGAUGCAAUUGCGUGUGAGUUGAUCAUGUGUAAAUGGGAGGGCGCCUGUGUUCAAUUUUGAAUAAUCACUUCUGAAUUCACACAAGUGCAUGUAUAUUGUGUAUCUGGAAUCAUUUUAACCAGGUUGGACCUCAAGGAUGUUUAAUUUUUGAAGAGAGACUCUACUGUUCUGGAAUGAAGGGCGGAGCUCUUUCUGCCAGCAAAGGAAAUGGGGGAGAGGAUUCAGUUAGUGACAACUGUAUCAUUCCAGUUUGAAGAACCAGAACAAAUGCCCUUCGACUCACACAGGAGUCAGAGGUGGGGAGUUGUAGAGGGAGCUGUGUGAUGGCAUUAGCCACUGGCUGUCCCUUUGGAAUGCAACCAUACGAGGCCUACCCAUGAGUCAGCUGAUGAAUUUGAAUUUAUAUAAUGAAAUCAAGUUUCUCUUUCCUCAUAGAAAUUCAGAUACAGUCAUACCUCGGGUUACAGACGCUUCAGGUUGCUUUUUUUCGGGUUACGGACCCGCCAAAACCUGGAAGUACCGGGUUACUCCCAGGUUUUGGCAGUCGCGUAUGUGCAGAUGCGCCGAAUCGCAACCCAUGUGUGUGCAGACGCACCGCUGCGGGUUGCGAACGUGCAUCCCGCACAGAUCACGUUCACAACCCGAGCAUCCACUGUAUUUCCUGACUUAACACACACACAAAUGGCUUGCUUUAUACAUAUGUUUGUAACUAAACACUUUUAUAUGGUCACAAAGCCAAAUUCAAAACUUCUGUUUGCAUAAUUGCCAUGACUUUUUCACCACUGGAAUAUUAAUGAUUCCUUGCCUUGUACAAAGAGUCUUAAGGAGAAGAAGAAAUAAUACAAUUCAAAAAUACAAAAAUUCAAAUUCAAAAAUGAACAAUAAACAAAGUAAUAAACUAAAACACUGCCGAUGAGCAUAUGAUGGUUUUCAGUACAUUGAUAAAAACCCCACCUUCAAAAACAUGAACUACUAAAUAAUUCCCUUUCAGUAAUGGCAAUAUUUGUUAAGAAUCAAAUAUUUAGAAUAAAAGAUGAUGAUGUUGGCACCUGGUUUGUCUCUUUAGGGGGUUAGCACUUGUCACUCUGAAUGUCUAUGGGAAGGUGCACUCUGAGAAAGGCCUCUGAAGCUGACCUCUGAGUCUGGGUAGCUCAUAUGAGAUGAGGUGUUCAGUAAAGUAUUGGGGUCUCAAGCAGUGUAAGGCUUUGAAGGUUAAAGCCAACCUUUUACAUUGGUCCUGGGAAUGUAUUUGGAGCCAGUACACAUGGUCCAGAAUUUAUUACUGCCUAGAGACAGGAGAUCAAUAGUGAAAUUAAAAGAUUUCUGUUUGGCUUACUCUCAGGACAUGCAAGGAUACGAAGCAAAAACAUUCAAUGGCAGAUCAGGUAUCUGGAUUUUUUUAAAAUAAGGACUGCCAGUAGCUAGGGAGUACAAUGUUGUUUCCAUGUGUUGGGAAGCAAACUAUACUAGACCUUUGCUGGUGCUACAGCUGUGAUCUCAUUAAAGAAAUCUUAGUUACUUUUAAGUGUUGAUUGAGCAAUUAAUUAAAUCUGCAUAUGAGAAAAAAACACAAUAGUUCUAAAGCAGGUGCAUUUUUUUUAAGGCGAUGCACACAUUUUAUGUAGCGAUAAUAUUUUUUAAAAAAAUUAAAAAUCUGAUUUUUUAAAAAAUGCUAACCAGGACACUUUUUAGUCUACAAAAAUCUGCCUGUCAAUUUCUCCUAUUGAUUUAAACAAUAAAUGUUGCAACUCUCAUUAAUCUAAAAAUAUUCAUAGUUCAUAGCUUGUACAAUGAUAAAAUCCAUUGUAUAUGGCUUUUGUGUUAAAACUGACUUUUGAUUUGUUCUCUUUCAUACAAGAGGGUUAUGGGUGUUAUUUUUAGCAAUUAUCAGUGUUAAGAUGCCUUCCUUUUGCAUAUAAAAUCUUUCCUUCUACAGUAAUCAGUUUUAUUUUUUUUCCUUUUUAAAAAAGAAUUCUAUCUUACCUCCUGCACUUCAUUUGUCUAUGUAUUCUCUAACUUCAAGCUUUGUGGUUAGAAUCCUAGCAGCCUAUACUGUUUUAAGCCUUCCUUAUUUUGUGACUUUCUCCCCCCCUCCCCAUUGCACCCUCCGCUGUCUUGAGUUUGGAUGGCAUAUCAGGCCUUGUCUCAGUCUUGGACUUUGCUCCCUUGUGUUGUGCUGCUGCUCCCCCAUUUCCACCUUGAUAAAUGAGAUCAUUUGUACAUGUCACUGCAAUAAUUGCACAUUCCUCCCCUGUUUACUUUGUACUUGUUUUAAUUGUGACAUUCCUCCAUUUCCUUCCCUUUCUUCUGUAGUUUAUUUAGUAAAAAAAAAGUCACAGUCAAAACAAGUGCUGGUUACAUUAAAAUCAUAAAAUAAAACCACAGAACAAGCAAUGACAAGAUAACAAAACAGCACAGAACAGCAGUCCACAAUCUGUUGUCUCUUUCGUGGUGUUCUGAAAUGCUAGGGGUGUGCAAAAAUUAGAUAUUAACACAUUUCAGUGAGUAUCUUAAAGGAAAGGAUAUCUGUUUGGAUUGAGUUUGACUUUAUGGAGGCAGGAAUAGUAUCUUGAAAAAUUACUUCAAUAUUAUAAAAGGAUGGUAGGAAACUGGGUGUAAGGUAAAGGGAGGUGCAGUGUGUGCUUGCUCUCUCUCUCUCUCUCUCUCUCUCUCUCUCUCACACACACACACACACACACACACACACCAAGCCUGCCUGUGAUUUAUCAGUGGUAGAAGGCAAGCCUGGGCUGUUGAAGGGGACAUUUUUAGUGAAUAUUCUAAAAUGGGGUGUCAAACCUGUCUGGUUGUCAUACUUAGACACCUCUAAACAUGAAAGAAGGGACACGAGUGGUGCUGUGGGUUAAACCACUGAGCCUAGGACUUGCCGACCAGAAGGUCGGCGGUUCGAAUCCCCGCGGCGGGGUGAGCGCCUGUUGCUUGGUCCCUGCUCCUGCCAACCUAGCAGUUCGAAAGCACGUCAAGGUGCAAGUAGAUAAAUAGGUACCGCUCUGGCGGGAAGGUGAACGGAGUUUCCGUGCGCUGCUCUGGUUUGCCAGAAGCAGCUUAGUCAUGCUGGCCACACGACCUGGAGGCUGUGCGCCGGCUCCCUUGGCCAGUGAAGCGAGUUGAGCGCCGCAACCCCAGAGUCAGUCACGACUGGACCUAAUGGUCAGGCGUCCCUUUACUAAACAUGAAAGAUACUCUUCUUGAUACCAGACAUAAGGAGGCUGGUUAUUUGUGUACAUGCUCUGUGGGUAUUUACAUUUCCAAGACUGAGCUUUGACAUUGAAAUAGGAUCUAAUGCUAUGGAUCCUGAUUCAGAGUAUAUCCUUAUUUUUGUCCAUGUGACUGAAAUAAUUAGUUCAGUUUUAAGGGAAGAAGUGGUUUGGAGUUUGAGAGUCUGCAUGAUGGUGGUUCUUGAAGUGGGUGUUCCCUUUCAUUUUAAAGGUGUGAUAUAUUUGAUUUUCAGCAAUACGGCAUAUGUAUGUUUGCCUAAAUGCCCAUACAUUCAAGAACCUAUGCCAUAUGCUGUGGUUUAACUUGUACAUGAGAAGUUUAACUCUUUAUAUCACCAGCUGUUCCAUGAACAGAAGGAACCCUUCUGUCUUUAGAAUAAACUGAUUCUGUGUUUUUCUCACUGUGAUACACAUAAGACAUAAAGCAAACAGUGGGAUGUUUUGCUUUUAAUGUAAAGGUUAUGUGUCUGGUGAUGUUAGCACAACAAAGUAUAUAAGGUGGAGCCUUUUUGUUUUUACUGAUUCAGGAACUAAACAAAACUCUUGCAUAAAGUUCUGCAGUUUCAUCAUCAAGGGCCAUAGUGUAAACAAUGUGGGAGUUGAAAGGCAAAUGAUCAUAAGUUUAUGGGCUGCCAAAGUAAGGAUGACAUUAGUUAGCACUGAUCAAAUAUGCAAUUGUCUUUAAUCUGGUGGCAUUGUGAUUCUUGCAGGUUUGAAGUAAAAACUGAGGUCACCAUUUCAUUUUAAAAAUAACUAGUUGCAAGUAGGAUACAAUUGGUGGCUUUGUAAAUAGAAAGAAUAAUAGCAAAUUACAUUGUUGGCUUAAUAGUUAAAUUCUGCUUUGUUUCAUUAAAUUAUUGAAAUACUGUUAUUCCUUUUUAUGUUAGUAUAUCAUAAAAAUAAGCAUGUAAUCUUCCUGUGAGUAUGUCACAAUCGCUUGACAAUCUGAAGGCAGCCCUGUUUAGGGAAGUUUUUAAUGACUGAUGUUUUAAUGUAUUUUUAAUCGUUUAUUGGAAGCCACCUAGAGUGGGGAAACCCAUCCAGAUGGGCGAGGUAGAAAUAAAUUAUUAUUAUUAUUAUUAUUAUUAUUAUUACUACUACUACUACUACUACUACUACUACAAUCAGGGAGCAGACCUACAGGAAGACUAAGCAAAGAGACUGGCUGGCCCUUUCUGGUUUUUCUCCCAGACAGCAAGACAGAGAGAGGGAGGGGGAAUUUUGCCUGCAUCAGUUUGUUUGUUCUGUUACAUAUCUGCCUGCAGGUAAGAGAGUGUUUGUACUGAUUGCAGUGAAUAGUACUUCUUGAUUGCUGGCUGAGUGCAUGCAGCUAGGGUGUGGUUCUUAGCCUGCCUUAUUGCAGCAGAUUCUCGCCAUAUGUGGUGCGGUUGUCCCCAAAUGGGUUGACAUAAAAAGGAAUCUCUCUCCCCUUUAGGUUAUCACUGAGGGAAAGGGGUAUCUCCUGUCAAUCAGGAUAUGAAAUUGUAGGCCAUGCACUGUGGGAGACAGGCAUGUGACCAUUACCCAGGGUGAGAGCCUGGGAGAGUGGAGGUUUGGCUUGGUGGAUUCCCCCUGAGAUCCAAAGAGAGAGAUGGUGAAAUUACUGUCUUUCACUUAACAGUAGAAUAUGCCUACAGCUGGGCCUUUGUUUAUUACCUGUGGCCCUAACCUCAAAGCUGUAUAGUGUGAUAUUGGAUGGUAGUGCUAGAAGGUGUUGGGAGGGGGGAGGUAAUAGGGAGUUACAAAGAUAUUGUCCCAAUUUCAGAAAUGGUGUUUGGCAGGGGAAGGUAUAGUUGUAGUGGAGUGGCUGACCACAUUCUGGGAUGGAGACCUAGGAGUUUGGUUUGUAGAUCCUUCUGGUGUGGUGGUGCUGUUAUUGUAUGCCAGGUCCAUCAGUAAAAAGGCCAUGUUCAUCCACAACUUGAUCAUGGAUGAUCAAGGGAUGGCUUGGCUGCUGUUGGACUGGCUCAGAACUUCAAGGUCUUCAUGACAACCAUGGAGCUGUCUCAAAUACUCAUUAGUCAAACUCAUUGGGAAAGGCACACCCUUAGUCUUUACCGCCCCCCCCCCCAACUUUAUUGCGGUCCAUAGACCCAAAGAUAGUGGGGAGCAGUGCACUCCCUUGCAAUGCAUUUCACCAGCUAAUGAUGAAGCCUGGAAUAGUAGUGGCAAAUUCCUCCAUUAGGGUGGUGGGCCCAUUUGGAUGGCCCUCCCUUAGAGAUGGAUGGAUCUUGAUGGGUUCCAGCAGAGAAAGCUGGUGAUCCUGUUGGAGCCCUGGUCUUGCUAUGAAAUCACGAGAUAAAACGGGUGGUUAACAGGAUCAUUCACAGACCUACUUUGACCAACUGGCUGCACGUUUUGAGGAUAAAGUCGCUCAACUUCAGAGUGACCUUGACUGUGCAGUUAUUGCAGUUCCAGACGAAGUAUCCAGUAGCACUGUCAGUGAUGUGUUGUGGGAUUGGUUUCAGCUUAUGCAGUCAGAUGACAUGGAUAAAGUGCUUGCAGCUAUACGCCUGACCCCUGUGCCUUUUUGACCCCUGUCCCACCUGGCUUAUUUAAACCUAGCAGAGGAAGUUUGACUGCUUGGGUCCAGAGCAAGGUUAAUACUUUGUUGCAUAUAAGGAAGUGUUGCCUUUUGCCUUAAAAGAGGCAGUGGCCUCUCCUAAAGGAACCAGCCCUGGAUCCCUCGGACUGGAAAAACUAUCAACCAGUUGCAAAUAACCCUUUCUUGGGGAAUGUAGUAGCGAGAGUUGUGGUGGGGCAGCUGCAAGCAUUCUUGGAUGAUGGAGAUUAUUUAAAUUCGUUUCAAUCUAGGUGCAAUCUUGCUGCUGUUUCUUGAUCUCUCCAUGGCUUUCAAUACCAUUGAUUAUGGUAUCCUCAUGGACCAGCUCUAUGGAUUGGGAAUUGGGGGCACCGUGUCACAGGGAUUCUGGUCUAACCUAUGGGACCAGGUCCAGAAAGUAGUACUGAGAGAGUGCUUUUUGAUCCCCAGGCACACUAAUAGAUAGAUAGAUAGAUGAAGCUGCUGGGAGUGGUCAGAAGUUUGGGGGCAAGGUGCUUUUCAUUGCACUGAUGAUACCUGGCUCUGUUUCUCCAUAACAUCUGAAUCAAGAGAGGCUGUGUUUGGUGCCUGAAUGCAAUGGUGGUAUAGAUGACAAAAAAUAUGCUGAGCCUGUAUCCUUGUAAGACAGACAGUGUGAGUGAGUAGGUCCCAUGUCCGGAAAAUGUAUUAUAUUUGUUACGUCACUUUUCUCACAGGGGGAACCAACGCAACUUAAAUGGGAAUGCACUCCUCUGAAGGAACAGGUAUGCAGUUUGGGAGUGGUUCUUGAUCCAGCUACUAGGUCAACUUCAAAGCAUUACCAUUAGUAUAUUCCCUUAACAGUUUGGGACCAGUCUACUUGCCUAACCCAUAUAUGCACUCUUAUCUCUUCAAUCUGCAGAACUGGCAAUGUUAACUGGUGCCACAUAAUACUGAUUCCAUACUUAGAAAAAAUUGAUCUUUUAGUAUGAUAGCACUUACCAUUUGGAGUUCCCUCUCUAUUGACAUCAGGCAGACGCCUUCACUAUAGUCUUUUUGGCGCCUGCUUAAAAAAUAAAAACCAUUCUUGUUUAGGCAGGCCCAUCCAGACACGUAGAAGUUACAUCUUUUUCUAACUACUAUUGAUUUUUAUAAUCUUCUGAAUGUUUUAAAAUACCUGUUCCUGUUUUCUAUUUUGAUGUUUCAUUGUAUAUGUUUUUGUAAACCACUUAGAGAUUUUCUUACAAUCAAAUGAUGCAUAACUUUCUUUAAAUAAUGGAAGUUUGAAUAAAAAGAACAAGAAACUGUUUGUAAGGAAUUGUUUCCAAUAACUUAAAACACAAACAGAUAUUCAAAAAUUGAUGCUUAUCACUACUGGUAUCACUACUGGUAUACGUAACAGAAUAAACUCUUUUGUCCCUCACGCCUCAUGUUCCCCACUCCUUGCCCCUGGGACAAAAGUAUAAUUCAGCAGUUCUUCUGAGCUGAGACUUUUUUGGGGCAUGAGGGAGGACAUUGCCUGCUACCAGGUGAGAGACAGGCACAAUACAUUGCAAUGCCAUGCUACGAAUGAUAUACUACUGCCACUUGAGCUUUCGAUAAUCUGUGCCAAAUAUUUUUCUCCUUCCUUCCCCCUUACCUUAAAUUCAUGAAUUUGUUAUGUUGGUCAUGGCUAUCAAUAAGAAGUCCAAUUUUUAAAAUAUAUGAAGGUAACAUUGCUGCUGAAGGUGCAUAUAUUUUCCAUGGACAUGCCUGCUAAGUGAGUUCUGAAUGUAGAGAGUGGAUAAUCUUUGCUUUCCACGAAGACCAAAAUAUAUACAUCAAGUUAAGCCGGGUCUGUGUUUUGUUUUGCAGACAAGCAAUGUUUGCUUUUGCAUAUAAUAUAUUUGGAGGUCCUACAUGCUCUGUAUAAAUCUAGUUUCUGGGCAGAUCCCUACUGGGCUGGUGUUCUGUAGUGUCAUUGUACCUAGAGUGAUAAUCAGGGGGCGGGAUUCCCAUCCCUAGCUUAAUAGGAUUGUUUGAGAGUAUGGGUACUUGGUAUAGGAAACUGGAGGAAGAUUGAGAAGAUAAUUUGGGGUUCCAUCAAGUGUGUAUUCUUGCAGCUUGAUGACUUAUAAUAAACAGCACGAAUCAGUGUGUCUUGCAAAUGCUAAAAGGCUGUUCAAAGCAUUCCUAUGUCAUGAGAGCAAAUGUAUUGAAAAGGCAAAUUGGAAUGGUGUAUACUCCCUGGUUUGGGCUCAAAUGUUUUCUGAAAUUUCAGUCAUCCUUUUCUCCCCACCUGACCUGCUGCUUUCUGUCAUGUCAGAGGAUGAAGUUUUUGCUGCUGCAGCAAAAGUACCUAGAGUAUCUUGAGGAUGGUAAGGUUCUGGAGGCACUUCAAGUUCUGCGUUGUGAGUUGACACCACUGAAAUACAACACAGAGCGCAUUCACAUUCUCAGUGGGUAAGUACUUAGGGUUGCAAUCACAUGUUUACUCAAGAGUAAAUCCCAUUGAACUAAAUAACUUUUGACUUGAAUUGCAUAAGAUCCUACUACCUGUUUUACACCAGUGCUAGUGUUUUCUGGGAUUCCUGAAGCAGAGGCAUGCCAAAAGGAUAUGAUUCUACAUUGUUGAAUAUAUCUCAAUAGUAAACUUAUUAUCCAAGCAUUGAUCCUUGCAAAACCGAAAUGGCAUCACCCACAUACAAGAGGCUGAGAGGAACGUCCAUAUUUGCAGAAGUGUCAAAGAAACUUAUUUUCUCUAAACGAAAGGUGAAACAUUCAAACAGCUCUCUGAGGACUGAGCAUGCUCAGUCUGCACAAAAUGCUAAUUGAUGAGGUGAAAGAAACAGAAAACUGGGGCGGGAUGGGGAGCAUGUCAUGAACUGUGUAUAGGAGUACUCAGCACUGCAGAGUUUUGUUGCAGGUUCCACUAGUCUUUAUUAAAGUAAACAUCCACCUGGGAAAACUCCUAUAGAAAGAAGACAUUCCUGGAUGCCUCCUUUCAGAACUCCCACAUCAUUUCUAAAUUAAAUGUGAAAUUAAUAUAUUCUUACUAAAUAGAAUUGCAUUUUUACUUAGUAAAAAUCUUUAAUCAUUUGCAUUCUGAGAUUUUAAUGUGCUUUUAUCUUCACAUCCUGACAUUUCUCAAGGAGAUUCAAGGGGAAAAUGUGUGUACGAGAACACAGACUGAUCAGUUGUGUAGACAGAACAUCUGAACUGAUCAGUUACUGAUUGGUGCUGGAAGUUGAACUCCGUGGGAUUUUUUCAUUGAUCUAUAUAAGGGAAGUCCUGUCAAACAGUUUUUAAAAGCAGUUUCAGGAACAUGCCUUUGAAUUCUCAUGGCUCUGCUUCCUUCCCACCAACUGCAUACUUGAGCAGCGUCUUUAAUUAGAUAUGCUAAAUUCCUUUAAAAAUAUAUAUAUAUUAGAGCUUUACUAAACAGUGAAAGCAGAAGUUUAAGCCAUAUAGACUUAACAUAAAGUCUGGUGUUAAUAGCUUUUCUGCUAAGUCCAUCUCCCUUUUUCUUGCUCCAGAGAAGAAUAAAUGUGCUCUUUUGGUUCAAAUGCUGUUGCAGUUGGGGAAGGUCAAUAUUUCCGAAAUAUGUAAUCUCAUGUGUUUCUCUUUUAUAUACAAACAGAUAUCUGAUGUGUAGUCAUGCAGAAGACCUGCGUGCAAAAGCAGAAUGGGAAGGGAAAGGCACAACUUCCAGAUCUAGACUUUUGGACAAACUCCAGAGUAAGAAAAAACUUAGUUUCCACUGGGCAUACAAUGUUUGCACAUCUGUUUAUCUAGUAUAUUUCACUCUAAAUCUUCCUUCCCUAACUGGGUGCCCGUCAUAUGUGUUGGAUCCUUCCUGGCUGAGGUUGAUGGGAUUUGUAGGUCAAAACAUAGGAAGGGUAGUAGGUUAGGGAGACCUACUUUUAAGGGGGAAAUUUAUGAAGGGGGAAAUGCAAUGGUUAAGAAUUGUUAGCUGUAAUUAGGAUAGCAUAAUUCUGCAUAAUGGUGACUUAAGUGUCUCAUAAAAUCAAAGUAUAAUGUACUCUGCUAUUAUCUGUGUUUUACUUCCAUAUCGAUGACACCUAAUAAGAUACCAUGGCGCUGUGUGAUAGAGUUUAGGAACUGACUUGUAGUAACUAGCAUUUUCUUAAUAAUUUUAUUGGCAUUUAAACAAUCUUCUGCUUCUUUGCAACAGCAAAGGUUGAGUUAAGGUCAAUGUGAGAGGAUUUUAUUAAUUUCCCAAGUUAUGGGUAAUUUUUAGCUUAAAUUAGAUCUGAUACUGGCCUGUAUGUGAAUACCAGAUUUCUUACAUGCUGUUUCUUAUAAGAUUGCUCUGAAAUACUCUCUUUAAUUUUUUGAAGCUUACCUACCACCAUCAGUGAUGCUCCCCCCAAGGCGUCUGCAGAAUUUACUGCGUCAGGCUGUGGAACUACAACGGGACCGGUGCCUCUAUCACAAUACCAAACUAGAUAAUAAUCUAGAUUCUGUAUCACUGCUGAUAGACCAUGUUUGCAGUAGGUAAGAGAACUGCUCCAUAUUAAUGAGAAUGGAAAUAUCUUUUAAUGUAACAACAUUCCUUUAAAUAAUUUUUACUCUCUUAUGAAGGCUUUAAAGAGCAAUUUUCUUAGGCAGCUGACUUGUUAAGAAUGUUGUAUUUUUGCAAUGUUAGGGGGUGUUUGGAACGUUUGUGUUAAGUCCUUGAUCAAUUUAGAAACAUGUUAACAAUAUGAACAGAGAAGUAGUCUUUAUAUAGCAGUAAAUCGAAAGGUAAGGAUCCUAAAAUAAUCAAAAUAUUUUCAAAUCUCUGGCAGUUUUUUCAGUUUCAGAACUUACAGCUGAUGGUCUUGGCUUCAGUCCUAAUUGCAAUCCUAAGCACAUCUAUUCAGAAGUAAGCUCUGUUCAGUUCAGCAGGGCUUACUUAAUGAUAAGUGUGCAUGGGAUUCAAUAUAUUUGGUAGCUUGGACUGCCAUUCUACACAGUUAUUGUGUUAAAUCCCACUGAACUCUGAGAUCUAAGCAGACUAGUUAUGUGCAGGAUUGCAAUAAUAGGUUCCAGUAUCAGACUGAAUGAUAGCCUUUAAUGACAUGAGCUCAGCCCUGUGGAACACCCUGUCAAUAGACAUUCAAUCAGCUCCCUUCUGUUCCAACUUUUAAAUGCCUGCUGAAAACUUUUCUAUUUUUCCAGGCCUAUGUAGGCAAUUAAGAAUACACCCACCCACCCACACCACACAAUGGCCUAUUGAUGCUUGUUUUUAACUUGUUAUGAUUUUAUUGUUUGGUUUUAUAUUGAUGUAAACUGCUGUGAAAAUUUUUAUGACACAGCAGUAUGUAUUUUUUAAAAAAAAUAAAUAAAAUAAAUAACAGUUUAGGAUUUGUUGCUUGUCCCUUACAUCCUUGGUUCUUACUUUUUAAGAAUCCUUUCCCUCAAUUCCUAAAAAUCACCGUAAAAUAUUGGGUAGCAAUUCCUAACUAGCAUUCAAAUGCCCAGUCAGGGUUGGGGCCCUGUUUUGCAAUGCCAUGAGCAAGAGUUUGGUGUCAAGCAGACCCUCAUGUGAUAUUGCAAACUGCUUUUGAAAGUCUAAUCAAUUUAGCAUCCAGUUUGCUUUGCACCACUGGAGGCUACUGUUUGACCCAAAGGCUCUUUAAAUGCAUGCAGCUAGCUGCAUGUUUAUUUGGUUCAUGACUGAUACCUGGUCAUCAUGCAAAUAGGAGCCAGCAUGACAGCUUCAAAAACUAAGGUGCUAUAGCAACAAGAAGUUUCAUAUUGUAUAUUUGUAAAAUCCUACUCUCGAAUCCAUGCUUUAUUGGGAUAUGUAUUAGCGCAAGUAAAAUGACUAUGAUUCUACUAUAUAAUCCUUUCUUUGCUUGUAUUUUUAGGAAACAGUUCCCAUGUUACACACAGCAGAUACUUACAGAACACUGUAAUGAAGUGUGGUUCUGUAAAUUCUCAAAUGACGGCACUAAACUAGCAACAGGAUCUAAGGAUACAACUGUUAUUAUAUGGCAGGUUGAUCCAGUAAGUUUGUAAAUUUGUGCACCAGAAUCUUCUGACACACAAGCAUAAAAUUUGGCACAUCACUCCUUAGUCAUUAAGCUUUAAUUUUUAGUGCAUUACUUUAUUUCCUAAAUGCCUUGGUGUAUUUCUGUUUGCAUCAGUUUUGUGUUUUAGGCUAUGUUCUGCUCAGUUGUUCAACCAAUACUGUGAUUAGUUUCCUGGAGCGGGUUGUAUUGGAAAUAAAGCCUGUUUAGAAUAGGAGAUACCUAUCUCAGUCAGUCUGUUGUAAUCUUAAAAGUCAGUAAGUGUCUUGCAUGGUGAGACUUGUCAAUGGUCUUGGAUAGAUGUGUUGUUCUUCCCCGUAAUGUACCUCCUUUUGUGUCUUCUGAAAUUCUCCUAAAAUGUCAGCAUUCCCUUUUUACUUUGUCUCUGCUUUUUGCACUCUGUAUAACUUAAUUGAUGAAGCCUGUUGAUGAAUGGUUAUUUGACUGAAAUGUUGGAUAGUGUUGCUGGACUCAGACUCCCAUCAUCUCUAACUAUUGGCCAUGCUGGCUGGAGCUGAUGGAAGUUGAGUCCAGCAACAUCUGAAGCAGUGUUUCCCAAACUUGGGCCUCCAGCUGCUUUUGGAUUAAAUUUCCCAUCAUCCCUGACCUCUAGUCCUGAUGGGAGUUGUAGUCCAAAAAUAGCUGGAGACCCAAGUUUGGGAAACCCUGAUCUGAAGGAUUCUCCGCCACUGGACUAAAUAGUAGCUCCUUCCAAAAUCUGAAUUACAUUACCUAGACUGAAAUCUAUGCAUACCAGACCAAGAAUCCAUCAGAUCCUGCUUUUUGUUUUCAACAGUGACUAGUUAGGUGCCUUUAGGAAGCCCACAAUCAAUGCAAGAAGAUAAUACCCUCUUCUGUUGUUACUUUUCAAUAACUGGUACAAAGAGGUAUACCACCUCUGAAUCUGAGGCUGCAUGUAGCCUUUGUGACUAUUGGUAGACAAAUUAAUAGAAUAUAUAUCUUUAAUUCCCUUUUAAAGCUACCUAAGUUAGAGGCCACCACAAUCACUGUAUUGUCACUUGCCUCUAAGUAAUCAUGCAUAGAAUGGCAUUGUACAAUUCCAGUCCUGAUAGUCUCUGUGGGCUUGGCUGACACCGACUGGUCCGUCUUUGGGGAGUGGGGGGUGAGCGAGCGGGGUAGCUCGCCUGUACCCAAAGCCAGCGCCAGGAGCCUCAGAAAGGUGCUCCGAGGGCACCUUUUGGGUGCUUGGGGCUUGCUCAGCUGGGGGCAGGAGCCUCUCCAAUGCAGCUGGCCCCAGCCUGCGAGACGCUGGAGUGAAAGCGACUCAGCUCCCGCUGUUGACAGCUGAGGCAGUUUCACCCUGCGCCUUGCCGAUUGGUGCCAAUGCAUCUUGUUUCAACAUUGUGGUUUAUCGCCAAACUGCGCUGCUCGGCUAGUGAUACAUCACAGUAUUGAAAACCUAACAUCACCCAGCCCUAGAACAUACAAAAACUAGGCAAAAAUCUUUGAGGAGCAAAAGGUGCAAACGGUUAUUAUGCCCAAGGUUUACAUUUGCUAGUCCAUAGCCUUCCUUUCACUAGUACUUCUGCUUAUCGCCCUAAUGUCUAUCUGUGUUUAAAAGUAUUUUGCUUUUCAUUAGUUGGUUUCCAAGAAUGUUGUUAAACCAGAAUGGGGAGGCGGUUCUGUGUUGCUUUGUAUGGCUUCCUGUGUACCUCCUUUCUUGGUUUGCCCUGGUACAGCCUUUCCUACACUUCUGUCAAGUAGGCAGAAAAUGAGUGUGUGUCUUCCCUGAGGUAAGGUGGAACUGGUAAACAAGCCCUUGGUAUGUUGGUUUCCUAAACUGUUUUGGGAGGAGGCAGCGAGAGAUUAGGCAUCAAAGACAACUGCUUAAAACUGCAGGUAGAUCUCAGUAACAACCCAGAUAGCCAUUGUUGCAAUAUUUUCUUUUUUAAAGGAUACACACCAGCUAAAACUGCUCAAGACACUGGAAGGCCAUGCAUAUGGUGUUUCCUACAUUGCUUGGAGUCCAGAUGACAACUACCUUGUUGCCUGUGGUCCAGAUGACUGCUCUGAGCUUUGGCUCUGGAAUGUACAAGUAAGGGUUAUUAAUAUGAAGUUCGUUGAUAGAGUGUCUUAAUCAAUAAUGUUGUCACAGGAACCAUAAUUGAAGUAUUGAUACUAUCGAAGGGGAGCCCCUGCUAUUCUUGGAGAUGAAAAUCUGAUUAAAACAUGGUUAUCUAUAUAGAACAGAUUAUUGAUUUCUAUUCAUUAUUACCAGCAGUAUUCCAAUGAUGUCAUCAGUUACUAUGUAUGUGUAUAUAUCCUAUAUACGUAACAAUGUAAGGCUGUUGUCACGUUGCAGUUCAUGUGGCUGCCGAUAAGAGUGUGAGCAGGGGUGGCAGCCUCCACUGUAUGUUUGUUUGUUUGUUUUAGUGUCUCAAUUCUUUAUUUGUAAGCUGCCCUGAAUUUAUGAAGCAGGUUAAAAAUUUAAGUAAAUGUUAAAAAUUUGCUUUCUUAAGCAAAUUUUUCAUUGGCUUUACUUUAUACUUCUUCACCUACAGACAGGGGAGCUGAGGACAAAGAUGAGUCAGUCUCAUGAAGAUAGUUUAACAAGUGUGGCCUGGAAUCCAGAUGGAAAACGUUUUGUGACUGGAGGGCAGCGUGGACAGUUCUAUCAGUGUGUAAGUACUGUUUUUACAAUGCAAAGUGCCAUCAGUUUCUUGUAGACUUUGCACUUAAUGCUGUCUCUGUGGUUCUAUGUUCUGCGUGGGUAGCUGUGUAUAGCUGUACUAGAAUAUAUUUUGUAAGGGUUUCUUUUCACAGUAAAAAGCCUCGCAAGUAUAACCUGUUGUAGAAACCUACCAUUUGGAAUUCGCUGAGUGUUUUUCUUCCUGUGAAAUACUAAGCAUAUUUAUCUGAAGCAAAAAUAAAGCCUCUUUGAAAAGAUCCCCUUCUUGCUCAUGUGUGGUGCCAUCGUUUAUUAGGUUUUGGUAAGACAUAGGAAACAAGAAAGGAUCCUUCUGCAAAGUAAAAAAAAAAAAAAAAGCCAAAAGAAAAAUUCAGGGAAAGAUCUGUACCCCUGUUGUUAUGCUGGACUAGGUGGAGAGAUUGAAACUAGUGUGUUGGAAGUCUACAGCACUGCCUAAAAAAAAGGGAAGUUUUUAGAUGAAGAUACAGUGGUACCUUGGAUUUUGAAUGUAAUCUGUUCCAGAAGACUGGAGUUCCAAAACAUUCGAAAACUAAAUAUGGAAGUUACGUGGCAUGUACAACUUCCGAGGCGUGUUUGAAAACCGAAGCGUUUCGGCAUUCGAAAACCGAAAUGUUUGUCAACAGAGACGUUUGAAAACUGAGGUACCACUGUAUAUAGAAAACCAAGUUAGCGGUCAAAUUGUUAAGGGGCUCUGAAGUCUGCCAGAUAUGGACUGCAGGUUCAACACCUUUGUCUUGGAAUAUAUUUUCCCUUGUCUGCAGCACAUACUUACAUACUGCUAACUGCUUUUAUAACCCAAAUUUUUCAUGUUACAAUUUGCUUUAAAUGAAGACAACCUUUCUCAUUAUUUCACUGCAUGCAUUUCCUGUCUAGGAUUUAGAUGGUAAUCUCCUUGACUCCUGGGAAGGAGUGAGAGUGCAAUGCCUGUGGUGCUUGAGUGACGGGAAGACUGUGUUGGCAUCAGACACACACCAGCGAAUUCGGGGCUAUAACUUUGAGGACCUUACAGACAGAAACAUGUAACUACCUCUUCUUCAUGUUGUGCUACAUAAACAGAUCAUUGUAAACUUUGUCAAAUACUGAAACUGAGUUGAGAUGCCUUAAAAUUCCAUAUGGUGUCUUGUUCAUACACCUGCUUUAAAGCUGGGCUCUCCCCCCCUUUUUUUUUUAGGCCCUAAUUAGGCAAAACAUGUGGAUGUGAUUGGGUCUUAUGGGUCUUCAAGGCACCGUAUAAUGAGACCAGUUAAAUUGGGUAGAAAUGCUAAUUUUGAAUACAAAGUCAUGACUCUCAUCUUAUGUGUUCUGUUAUUUUUCAGAGUACAAGAAGAUCAUCCAAUUAUGUCUUUUACGAUUUCGAAAAAUGGCCGGUUAGCUUUGUUAAACGUAGCAACUCAGGUAAGUGGUCCAGUUGGCCUUUCGCUUUAUCCCUUUCAUACUCAUAAAUGAGAAGGAAAGUCCUGCCUACAUUCUCCAUUGCAUUGCCAUGGAAACUGUACAAGCACAUGUUUUCACCCCCUUUCCUCCCGGAUUUAAAAGUCUAUUCUUCUGGGAGGCAGAAGGGAAACAAGUGCCCAUUAGCGCUGCAUAUCACAACCUCCGUAUCCUCCUGGAGCCGCUUGUGUAAAUGGGAAGUUGCUUGUACACACUGCAUCUCUUUCCCACUUGAGCUUCAGGGGCCUUUUCUGAAGGUCCCUCAAUGCCAGGCAGAGGCUGUCUGGAGGUGCAGGCAAUCUGCAGUGAAGAGGAGUAGGCAAGAAAUCUCUGUUGAGCAAGCGACCUUCUGCUCAUGUAACUUUGGGGUAUAAACCAUUGUUGGUGCACAUAAAAUGGAUUGCUUUUUCUGUUCUGAAUUUGUUUGUGUAAUGUUACAUUACCUCCACCCUGCUCUUUGUUCUCAGGGAGUUCAUUUAUGGGACUUGCAAGACAGAGUUUUAGUGAGAAAGUACCAAGGUGUUACACAAGGUUUUUACACGAUUCACUCAUGUUUUGGAGGCCAUAAUGAAGACUUCAUCGCUAGUGGCAGUGAAGGUAACUCUUGCUUUUAAGAUCUGUUUCUGUGUGUUUUAUAUAUAUUUCAAGGAUAUUCUUCCUACAUAGGGGAAUGAUGUAGUAUUCUACUUAACAAGUAAGGUAAAUAUGCUAGCAACAAUUCACACAAACAUCAGAAGAGUCUUGCUGGAUCAGACCAAAGGCCUAUCUAAUCCAAUUCUCACAGUGACCAAGCUGAUCCAUAUAAAAAGUUAUUUCCAUAGAAAUGAUUUGUUUGCUGAAAGAAGAAAAAUCAUCUAGUAGCACAGGAGGUUGAAUGUACAAGGCUAUUGUUUAUGGUAACAGCUGUAGUCUUGGUAGAAUGAGCGUGGUGUACAGGGAUACAAUUUUUAUUUGAUGUAGGCUUGUUUUUCCAAAGGUAGGUGUGCUUAUGUAAAUCCAGAUGAGUUCUGACAUCUCAAGGAUAAUUACCAAUUACAGUGAGAGAAACAAGUUUCAUAUCCUGUAGCAGAUCUAGCAUGUUCAGUAACUUUGGCUAUCAGCAACCUGACUGUCAUCUUAGCGUUUUCUAUUGUUGGUUCUGUGAGUGGCCUGUUUGACAGCUUUUCUAGGCAUUAAGGAGCUUACUCUCUGUGAGGGUAAUAGUAUGGUGGUAUAUACAGUGUGGACAACAGUACUCCUGUCCUGUAGCUUAUAGAAACUUUAGGAGAAGAUGGUUUUGGUCUGAAUAGGAGGUCAUUUCUAGUUGGGCUCUGCAAUAAAGUAUUUUGAAACAGUGUUUCUUCUUUACCACUAACUGGUGAAUUUUUCACCUGAGAACAGCCUGUUUAUUGAUGCCUUGUAUCUUAACUGUAUUGCCAUUGUAUGUAGUUGUGCCACUCCUAUUGCAUGCAUUAAUCCCCUUCCCCUUCCAGAUAAUUUCUGGCCCCAGGAAUGUCUAAUCAACUGUAUUAACUCCCUGGUGUAUCAGUUUUUCAGUACACCACACAGGAUUGCAUAAACAAAUCACUUAGUUACAGCCUACUGUUUGUUUGACAUGAAUGUGAAUUUAAUUUAUCCAGGUCAACUUAGAAAAGCUUUUUAUUUUUUUCAUUUUCAGUGUCUAAAAACUACCCAGCUGUAGUUGAAGCUGAUGGCACCUAAUUUAGAUUCCGACUGCCUGAGGCUGUUGCCUCUUUGCACUGAAUUGUUGCAAAUAUGGCUGCUGUGAAAGUCUCUAUGUACAAAAAAAGUAACAGAUUUAAAUGUCAUAAGCUCUUAAGUGUAAAGGUAUGUUCUCAGCUAGGUAGGCUUUCCACCUACCAGCCCCAAACAUCAAAGGGUCUUCCCUGGGAGUAAAAAUCACGUCUAACUCGUGUGCACAUAAACAUCCAUAAAGUAGAGGGGAAAAUAUCUUUCUAUGAGUAAGUGCUGUGUGUUGCAGCCUUACAGUGAAUGUGUGAUGACUUGAAGCUUAUACAGUAUAGUUUGAAAUUGGUAGGUUAACAAUGGAAAUACGUACAAGUAGGAGUCUUUGAUACCAUUUAGAUGCCAUGGUAAUUUGAUUUUUUUAAUGAUACAGACAGCACUUCUAUAAAAUACUUUAGCAAUACUUUAGGUCACAGCAUGAUUAUAGGGGUUGGGAAAUAAGUGAGUACUUUUGGAAAUGGACUGUCAUAUUUUAGUUUUCAAACAUUGUGGUUUAACUUCUAAAACUUUUAAAAUAACUCUUGUACUACCAGAUGUUCUUCAUGUAAUUGCUUCUGCCUUAUCAAGUAUUUAACUCCAAGUCAAGUUUGCUUCUAUGGAAUAUUAAUAUUUAGCAGAAAUCUCUCUUUUUGGUAGCCAUUGUGACUUGUGGUUUUUCAGUAGUGCAGAGAGUUGUACAUCUGAUCUGCAGCCAUCUCUGUAUAAUCUACAAUUUAGAUGGGUGCAGUCAGUACAGGAAUCGGCGCAAGAAUCGCACAAAGUUGUCUCAUGUCACAUUGCUACUGUUCAGAUUUGUACACUUUUUAUGUGGAUAUGUUGUUCUACAACAACACAACCAUGGAUGUUUGGAGCCUUUGAAAUGGAGCUUGUUGCCUCCACUGAUAGAAUUGUUCGGAUAGGAUAAGAUACUUAAAGGCAACUUUGUGGCUGUUGCUCCUCCCUCUCCCUUACCUGUACAUUUGGAAAGAUGAAGACUGGGCCCUGCCCACUUCCUUCUCUGUUCUUAGGCAAAAGUUAAUCAGUGAAUAAAGAGUUUCCUGCAGUUAAUUGAAUACAGAAUUUUCAUAGCCCUACAUAUUGAACCGGUUACAGAAAGGGAUUUUAAUAUCCAGUUUUAGAUGGGAUCCCACACUGAAAUAGCUGUGUUCUUUUUGGAAGUUGCCCAUACCACCUGUAGAGGUGGAGGGGGGGACAGAAAGAAUAUGGAGGAAGUGUGAGAGACCAGAGCUUGAUUCCAGUCUUGAUGCAUGUAGAAGGCUAGGGUAAGGAGUUAACACCCAAACCACUCGCAUUCUUACUUGGAUAAUAUGAAGCCUACUUAAAGCUGUAUUAUGUUCCAGUUACCUACAAAUAUUUUCAACUUGCAAAGAAGAUCAGUGCUUGUUGUUAGUUUAAAUACAGGAUUCUAAAUGCCAUAAAAGAAGCUUCUUGAAGCUGUUGGAUGCAUUACUGAGCAGAUAUCAGUUCUUGGACAUAACAUGGAAUUUUAACAUGGAAACAGUUAAUACAUGGAUAAGUGCCGGAACAUGUUUUAAAUUUUGGGAUGCUUCAUGUUUCUUCCCUCCUGUCUCAUCUUAGAUCACAAAGUAUAUAUUUGGCACAAACGUAGCGAGCUGCCAAUUGCGGAGCUGACGGGGCACACGCGCACAGUCAACUGUGUGAGCUGGAACCCACAAAUUCCAUCCAUGAUGGCCAGCGCCUCUGACGAUGGCACUGUUAGAAUAUGGGGACCAGCACCUUUUGUAGACAACCAGGAUAUUGAAGGUAAAUCAAAUCUAAUUUUUAUGGAAGAGGAAUUUGGUAUGCUGCACUUACUUACUUGUGAUCAGGUAACUCACAACAGAUGCACAUUUAAUUUGGGCGCAUUCAGCUUUACACACUUGGCAAAAGAAUAAAAAUGGGGCAGGAAAGAGAUUGUGGGUCGGGGUCGGGGAAGCAAUGUUGGCAAUCCCAUUCCACUCACCAUGGAACCAAAUGUGUUUUGACUAUAUGCGGUUUUGGCUUUAUGCACUGUCCCUGGAACGUAACUCCAGCGUAAGCCGAGAGUCGUCUGUAUUUUAUUUUGGGAAUUUAUUUUAUUUAUAUCCCACCUUUCCUUCAAGGAGCUCAAGGCAGCAUAAAUAGUAUUCUUCGCUCUCUCCGCCCCCCCCCCCCAACCAGCUUUUGGUCCUUACAAUAGAUCUGUAAGAUAGGACAGGCUGAAAGUUAAUGACAGGCUGGAGUCACCCAGCAUGUUUAAUUGUUUAGAGUGGAUUUGAAGCAGGGUCUCCCCAGCCUUGGUUCAGAAUUAAGCUGCACACCACAGUUGGCUGCCUCAGUUAUUAUUACUAUAAAUAGUUAGGACUGGGUAAAGGGGACUUUGGACAAAUUCACAUCAUACUGUGUAUUAGUUCCUCCUUUUGAAGAGUCUGCUACCUUGGGAAACUCCAAAAAGUUCAGAACAGGGUGGUGGUACCUGUUGGCUUGAACUAUAACCUCUCACAAGAUGCCUAAGGACUGGGAAGAAGUUAAGGGACAAGGAGCACAAAGACAAGAAUGAUAAGUGAGGUGCAAUAUAGCUCAGGGAACCAAGAAAGAAACCUCAAGGAAGAGUAGGUAGAGAAUGAGACUUGAGAGUAAAUGACAGAGGAGAUAAGUUACUGAAGUAUGGUGUGGAGUUUCUGCAUUUUAUCUGUAAGCUGCUUUGAGUACAGGUCUGGAAAAAAUGUGGGAUAUUACUACUACUACUACUACUAAUAAUAAUAACAUUGGGUCACACACAUAAUGAAUUUUAUUAUCUCCUCUCCCUAUGCCCCCUAAAAAGUCUCUUGAGAGUCAAAGGAAGCAACUUGAACAAUAUGGAUUGCAGCGUUAGUGGAAGGGCUGCACAGAGAGGCAGGGGAUUGCCAAAAAUCAGAUGGAGACACCUUGUGUGAACCGUUAGAAGCUGCAGCAAGCUAUUUUAAUGUUACUGAACCUGGUAGUUAAUUUUUUUUAGUUGGCAUGAAAUGAAAAGAAAUCUGGACCCUAGCAAACUAGAAUAAAGAUCAAUUGAAACUGAUGAUGUAGCUGUUUCUUUGCUUUGAAAUGAAAGGGUAUCUUGCUCAUUUUGUUAAUUGAAGCUGUAUCUGUUACAUGAGGAGAGAGCUUCAAUAGCUGAGACAAACCUGAGCUUCAAUUCUUGACUGCUUCUUAGGUAUCACCUGGAACCUUUUACUGCCAGUGGUUCUGCAGGUUUUGAAUUAAUUCCAGUUGAUAUCUCUGAAAUGCAAAAGUCCUAUCUGGGUAUUAGUCCAAGCCAGGACUAAUUUUUCCAUUGCUCUGUCAAGAUGCCCUUCUUUUGCAAAGCUGGUGCAGCAUAAAAAGAGAUACCAUCAUAUGUGAAAACUAGACUGUAGUAAACAAGUUCUUAGCAAACAGGCUUUUGUUAGAUGUAUACACUUUCUAAUAUGCAAGGCUGUAGGAGUUUUUGUGUCUAUAGGUGUAAGCCAAUACAUUGCACCAUGGUGUGAGCAAAAACAAUGUUAUUUUCUUAACAAUGUAUCAAAAUGUUAAUUGGGCUUCCAGUCUGCAAAACAUUUUCCAUUCUUUUAGAAAUGCUUGCUUUAUUCUGCUUUAGAAUUUCCUGAAGUGGCUUGCAAAGUAAUCUUAGGGAAAAUUAAAGCCCCAUGUACCAGUUCUUAUUCCUUCCAUCUCAAUAUCUAAAAUGGGUUUUACGAGAGCCAGUGUGGUGUAGUGGUUAAGAGCGGUAGACUCCUAAUCUGGGGAACCGGGUUCGCGUCUCCGCUCCUCCACAUGCAGCUGCUGGGUGACCUUGGGCCAGUCACACUUCUUUGAAGUCUCAGCCCCACUCACCUCACAGAGUGUUUGUUGUGGGGGAGGAAGGGAAAGGAGAAUGUUAGCCGCUUUGAGACUCCUUAAAGGGAGUGAAAGGCGGGAUAUCAAAUCCAAACUCUUCUUCUUCUACUACUACAACUUUUCUCAACCUCUUAAUUACUUUAUCACACUGUUAAAUGUGGGUUCUGGCAGCUGUCUGCUCCUGCAGGGGAGGUUUCAUCUCAAUCAAGGAAGUCUCUUUUGCACGAAAAGCCCCUUUUCCCACUGGCCCGGUAUUAGAAAUGACUUCUGUACCUCCCAAAGUGAAGCAAGCUGUUUAAAAGCCCCUGCUGGACUCUCAGAACUAGUACGAUGGCGAUUGUAGCUGCUCAGUUGGGUUGGGUUGCUCUAAAAGAGUUUGUGUGUAUGUGUUUUGUAAAUCUGAAGAUACAUAUGUAUAUCAUGGCUAAGGUGAACUAUGAUUUUAAAGAUAUUUCUUAUUUUUUCUUUUCUUUUUACAUUCCAUCUCCCUCUCCCCCCCUUAGAGGAAUGCAGUAGCAUGGAUAGUUGAUGGUGAAUUUGGAGCAGACGACUUCUGUUUAACUUAAAUUUAGUCGUAUUUUAAAUGGCUUGGGAUUUGGUGCAAACAAACAUGAUUGAUAGCUGGACAGACAUGCUCGUCAUGAAAAAAAAGAACCAUUUCUGAAGCCCAACUGGGGCCAAACAUUUUACCACCUUGCUUCAUAGUAAACAGUUGAGAUGAAGCACGUCGUUAGAACGUUGUUGGACACCAUGUUGAAGUAACCCCCCAUCGGUUGUGAAGAACUGUGCUACAUUCAGGCUAACCAUUGAACUCCGUAUAUACAUUUUCCCUUCUGCCAUUUUGUCAGGCAGACUACUGUUAUUGUUGCUCUUCUUCUGUGUAAUGAAGUUUAAAUGCUUGUUUGGAAACCUUUUAUUUAACAGUUUAGAAGGCUUGAUAGAAAGAGUGCUUUAGUCUGAAGAGUACAUGUUGGAUAGGAAAGUCUUUCCUUCUCUUCUUUCUCUGAGUCUCUCCGCCUUAUUUAGCUUGAGAUCUUUGCAGCUUGGUUCAUGGAUUCUAAGCCUUGCCCGUUGCACAGUAUAUCUAAACCCAGAUGUUUAAACCAGUGAAUGACAUGAAAAGCACUCUUCAGUAUCACACUUGACAAAAGGUUUUGUACUUUUCACCUAGCUUGUUGCCCUGUAAGUGGGUUAACAGCACAAUCUUCUUUUUUAAGAAAGAAAAAUAAAUAAUUUAUAGCAUUAAAAUGACUUCAUUUGUAUACAUUUGGAAUUGAAACCAGCUUAAAAAGUGUCAUCUACAAGUAAAUGCAGUAUAAUUGGUGCUCCUCUGGAGUGUUGUGUAAGACCAUUUGGCUGGCAACAGUUUUACACAGGCUAUAUAAAGUAUUAUUUUAAAAGGAAACUUUGUUUACCAACGUAAAACAAUUUGAGAACUUUCAGAAUCGCCAACUAAACCAUUACAAUGUAAUUUCUGAAAUUUAAUAAAUGAAAAUUCUAAAUUGGCCUUAAUGUGCAAUGGUUCUUAUUUAAAGCAUAGUAAAGACCUAAAAUGAGAAUAGUACUUUAUAGCAUUAUCUUAAAAAUAAAUAAAUCAGUGAGUUGACUGUCUGCUGUGAAUUAAAUACAUACCUUGUACAAACUUUCCAGAUCAUUCUUUCUCCAGGAACUGUUUCUGAGUAGGUGCUGUUAACUAUCUUUGUGCAGAGGAUACAUACUAAAACUCAGAGAACUAACCAGCUGUUCGACAUAGUUAGUUGGUUUCAGAAUUUCUCUUAUAGUUAAAGGGUGAAAAUGCACUUAGGGCCAUCCUUAAGUUUAAAAAGAACAGAAAAGAAAGCAACUCAUAAUAAAAGAACAGUUAACACAUCCUUGUAGUACCAGCUAAAAUAGAAGCUACAGGUGGGAAAAGGUCUUAACAUUAGGAAAGACACAGGACUAGAAGGAAAUAUGCUCCCUUGUGCUUGUUUUUUUUUAGGCACAGAUUCUGUGAUAAGGAAUAUGAGUUACUGCCAUUGCACUUGGCAUGUAUCCCUUAACUCAGACUUGCUACAGUUUUCCUUCAGAGCCUUCUAAUUUGAUCAGAGAUUCAUGAUUGAAUUUCUUUAAAUACCUCCAGAUUGGAACAAGUGGUAUUCCGAUCAAUGUGGUAAUUCAGUUGUUUAACUUUGAUUGUCUCUGAAUAAGCACACAACACUAUUACAAUUAUCCAAGUCGCUUAAAAUGUAUGUGCAGACCAGGUUUACAGAGAAAUCUUUAAACAACAGAAUGCCGCUGCCUUGCAUUCUCAUGGAUUUAGGAGCAGCAAAGAAAUUUACAUCCAGUCUUUAAUACAUUUAAGCUGUUCUGUUGCAGCUUUUUAUAUGUAAUUUUACCUUACAUUUAUUACAAUUGUCCAUUGACAUGUAUUCUGUUCAUUUGACAUUAAGGUUUGUUUUUGUAAUUGGAACAUUUUUGUAGUCUUCCCUCUGAGCCUAUAUAAAAUCUUACUUUUGCAGAUACCCUCAUUCUGAAUCUUUAAAAAUUCACAGCUGUAUUACUGAUAUGGUGCUGGUGGUACUGCUUGCAAAUUCAAAACUACCCUAGGAGAUUGGAAGGGAAAUUGGAAGUGAAUUAUGAAGAGUGCACUAAAAUCAGUUUGAUUUGGUGCUACUAGAUUUCUAUAGGUUAUUCAAUCCGAUGCUUGUAGUUAAGACUUCCUGCAAAGACGCUGUUGUGGUGAAAAAAAAUUGACCAAUUUGUUUCCUUUUCUUUGAAACGCAUAACACCAGCAGGAAACCAAAUUAAGAGCAAAAUUAAGUGGACACACUACUGCUUAUGCUUCCUCACCUCUUAUGAAAGAGUUCUUGGAUUUUUUUUUAAAUAAAAAAGCACUUGAGUGUGGAGCUGAACGAGAAGCAUGUGUUUUGAGAGUGCCAUUUCUAAAUCCAGUUGCAUAAUACAGACCACGCAACUUUAAGAGGAAGCUCUUCAGAUUGAGGUAGUUUUAAUUUCUGCUUCUUGACAUACAACUGAACCAAAUAAAGUCAAGAUCUGUCUGGAAGCAAACUUUUAACUGCAAUAACAAUGCUAGGAUUUCUUGUGAGUCAUCUUAAAUAGUUGAGCAGCCUAAAUUGACUGAUAUGUAGAUUGAAAAGCAUGUCAGCAUUUCAGAUAAAAAAGAACCCUAGAGUGUCACUGUUGUUAGGGGAGAAGUCAAGGAAUAGGCUUAUCUCAACAUUCUUUUUUAUAUAUGACGAAGGCAUUUCUACUCUAGGCUAGAGCAAUCACUGAUUACUGGCCAUAUCUUACCAUGAGCAGAAGGCAAUGAGUGGGAAAGAGGAUACAGUAGUUUGCAUUUUGCCUUAGGUUUUGUACCCAUCAACUCCAAAAUAUGCACACUGGCUAUAAAUCACUACAGUAUCUUGCCACAGUGCUUCUCAGAUCAGGUAAGUGAUUUUAAAAGUAGGAGCACAAAAGAAGAAACAGUUUUUACAUAGCCCUUAAAAUCGCCUUGUAAAUGUGUGGCUUAGUUCCCUCAUUUAAGUUUUUAGUUUUAAAAUUAGGGGAUCAUAAUACAAGUUUUGAUAUGAAGUCACCAGUGAAAGCUACCCAACUUUUGCCAAUAGUCUCAUUCUGGCUUCCGAGCAGAUACUGUUGAAUGUAAUUUAAUACUAGGUGUUUAGUGCCAUCUUAAUUAAAAAAAUAAAUUCCCACCCCAAAGGGAAAAAUGGCUUUAAGUUAAAAUGUUUUCUUAAACCAGUCCUGUGCUGGCAAAAGAGACAUUGGGAGAGUUCUUGUUAUUUUUAUUUUUAUUUUAGUUAACAGCAGAAGAAUGUCUAGUUUCUAAUUUUGGGGUAGGAUCAGAAGGGGAAGAGAACCAAUUUUCAGUAAAACUUGGUGCCCUUUGUCAAUACCCCCAAAGCACAUGUUGCCUCAAUUUGAUGCAUUUCAAAUGAACUGUUAAAACUGGAGUAUCAAUCCUAUAUAUGGUUAAAAUGUAUAUUGCAUUGGCUUGAGUCCAUUUUCAGCUGCCAUAGAACAAACCGCUCAUUUGACAAUUAGUAGAAUUUUGGAAACACUUUGACACUUUUUGAACAGGGUGGACUUGACUUGUGCAGUGUUGUCUGCAGUAGCUGCUCUAGUUGCUGGAACACAAACUAGAACCCCAUUUCCUGUUUGCUGACUUUGGAUGACCCGGAUUCAGCAAAGUGUGUGUGUGCGUGUGGUAUGAAUGUGUGUGCGUGAAACACAAACAGUCAUGGAACCAACUGUUCUAGGUACAUGUCAUGUUUUACUGCAUACUUUAAGUCAUGUUGUGUGUAUGUGAAGUGUCCUCUAACUUUAAGAUUUUGGUUAAUACCAAUAUAUUUUUAUAAAUUUGAAAUUCAGUGUGCUCCAUCUUUUAAGUGUUUCAUUGUUAGGAUAAAUGUACUAGAUUUAAUUCUUAACACUUCUCGGCACAGAUGGAAAAAGUUGUCGGCUCCUUGAAAAUGUAUGAGGAAGAAACGGAUCCUCAAAGCAUGUGUGUACUUACAAACCAAGCUGUAGAGAUCAAGAAAAGAACUUUUAUUCUCAAAUUUCUAAAUUGUCAAGAUUUAUAUGGAGUUGUGGUGGAACUAGUUAACACUUAGAGCUUUUGGUAUGUAAUGACUAUUUGCUAUGGACUGAUAUUAAAUGUUUCAAAGGAUUGCGUUCUUAAACUUUCUGGAUUUUUGUUACUCCUCUUGAAUUAUAUUAAGUAGUUUAAAGUUUCUUUACUAUAUUACAUUAAAACAUAAGAACUUUGGGUCUCCAUAUUUAUUUUCACUUGUUUUACUAAUUAUUUACAGAACACCUUAUUUUAUAAAUAUGUAGUAUAUUAAACAUAUCUUUUAAAAUGUUCAUUCAAACUACAUUAAUUACUGGUUUUUGUUUUUAUUGGGGUUUAAAAAAAAAAACACUUUUCCAUGUCGGUGCACAGCACUUAACAAAUAUUUGUAUUCCCUUUCUUUCCAAUUCAAUAAACAGAAUGAAUAACUGG